AUGGCCAAAUACAAAAUACAAUACUUUCUCAAUGAAACUACUAAUCAUUUCCUGGCUGUGUUAUUUCUCUCGCUGCCUUAUUGUCAUGGCAAAUCUUCCAGUCUCUUUACACAAUUUCAAAAUCAACGUUUUGCCAUGGAACCGCAAGAUCAAACGGCGGUAGUGGGUGCUAGGGUGACACUACCCUGCAGAGUCAUUAAUAAGCAGGGGGUUUUACAAUGGACGAAAGAUGAUUUUGGUUUGGGUACCUCUAGAGAUUUGGCUGGAUUUGAGCGUUACUCUAUGAUCGGUAGUGAUGAAGAGGGUGAUUAUUCUUUGGAUAUUUAUCCAGUAAUGUUAGAUGAUGAUGCCCGCUAUCAGUGUCAAGUAAGUCCGGGACCCGAAGGACAGCCGGCUGUGAGAUCAACGUUUGCCAAAAUAACGGUACUAGUGCCACCGGAGGCACCAAAAAUUAUCCAAGGAGAAGUUAUACACACCACUGAAGAUCGUAAAGUUGAUAUAGAAUGUGUUUCGGUGGGUGGUAAACCGGCUGCAGAAAUUACCUGGAUCGAUGGUUUUGGCAAUGUGAUAACCGACAAUAUAGAAUAUACCAUCAUACCUUUGCCAGAUCUUAGAAGAUUUACUGCCAAAUCAGUGCUGAAACUAACACCCAAAAAGGAACAUCACAACACCACUUUCACCUGUCAAGCUCAGAAUACUGCCGAUCGCACUUAUCGUUCUGCCAAAAUAAAAUUAGAAGUAAAAUAUGCUCCCAAAGUUAGGGUUAAUGUAAUAGGAGGCGCGGUGGGCAAUGGACGUAUACUGGAACAUUCUCAAGUUAGACUCGAGUGUAAAGCAGAUGCUAAUCCCAGUGAUGUGCGCUAUAAGUGGUAUAUAAAUGAUGAACCUAUCAGUGGUGGUCAAAAAACAGAAAUGGUUAUACGCAAUGUUACUAGAAAAUUCCAUGAUGCCAUAGUUAAAUGUGAAGUCCAAAAUUCCAUUGGCAAAAGUGAGGACAGCGAAACCUUGGAUAUUAGCUAUGGUCCCACCUUCAAAGAAAAACCUCGUUCUAUGGAAGCUGAUAUUGGCAGUUUGGUUACCUUGAACUGUGAGGUUGAUGGUAAUCCUACACCCGAUAUUGUUUGGAUACAGCACCCCAUUGACAGAGUUGUAGGCGCCAGUCCCAACUUAACCUUUAGUGUUAGCAACGAAACCGCUGGACGUUAUUAUUGCAAAGCCAAUGUUCCCGGUUAUGCUGAGAUCUCAGCCGAUGCUUAUGUCUAUCUUAAAGGUUCACCCACCAUUUCCUCGGCACGCACACAAUACGGUUUGAUUGGUGAUACAGCGCGUAUUGAAUGUUUUGCUACAUCGGUGCCGCGUGCACGUCAUGUCUCCUGGACAUUUAAUGGCCAUGAAAUCAGUUCGGAAUUGGGUCAUGACUAUUCAGUUUUAGUGGAUGCUGUGCCGGGUGGUGUGAAAUCGACCUUAAUUAUACGUGACAGUCAAUCUUAUCAUUAUGGCAAAUACAAUUGUACGGUGGUUAAUGAUUAUGGCAAUGAUGUGGCAGAAAUUAAUCUACAGGCACAAAAAAGCGUUCCCUUGCUAAUGACCAUAGUGGGUGGCAUAUCAGCAGUGGCUCUGUUAAUGAUCAUUACCAUUCUAGUGGUGGUAUAUUUCAAAUGUAAAAAACGCUCCAAACUUCCACCCGCCGAUGUUAUAAGUGAACACCAAAUUACCAAGAAUGGUGGUGUGGGUUCUUGUAAAAUGGAACCUGGUGAUCGUACUUCCAAUUAUAGUGAUCUCAAGGUUGAUAUCUCGGGUGGUUAUGUACCAUAUGGUGAUUACACCACACACUAUAGUCCACCACCACAAUAUCUCACCACUUGUUCCACCAAAUCGAAUGGCAGUUCGACUAUUAUACAAAAUAAUCAUCAAAAUCAUAUACAACAACAACUGCAACAGCAACAACAACAGCAGCAACAACAACAAAGUCUACCCAUGACCUUUUUGUCAUCGAAUGGCAACGGCAGUUUAACUGGCAGUAUUAUAGGCUCCCGGGAAAUACGUCAGGAGAAUGGUCUUCCCAGUUUACAAUCCACCACAGCCUCGGUGGUGAGUUCAUCGCCCAAUGGUAGUUGUAGUAAUCAAAGUACCGCCACUCAUGUGGUAACUGCCACACCCGCCUCUGCGGUAGAUCCACGUUUUAGUGCCAUUUAUGGCAAUCCUUAUUUGAGAUCAUCGAAUUCCUCCCUACUGCCACCACCAACUGCUGUUUAAGGUAAAAGAAAAUUGUAUUUUUUUAUAAAAUAAAUUAGACAAAGACAUAAAAAAGAUAACUAUUGAGAAUAUAAUUAUAAUUAAAAGAAAGACUGAAAUUGUAAAUAAUACUUAAACUGGCAUUCUAUUAACAUAUUCACCGCGAGGUGUAUAUGGAAAAAUAUUACAAAAAAAAAAAAACAAAGUCAUACUUUUAAACAAAAAAACACAACCAUCUCAAACUCUAAGGAGACUUUUAAGUGGAAAUUUUGGAUAGAUUUUUAAUGUAUUCAUGAUUAGAUUUACUCACCACUCUGGGAAAAUAUUUGAAAAAGAGGUAACAUUUACUAUGAUAGACCUGGGAUUUAUUCUUUGGGGAAUUUGAAAGAAAUUUGAAAACUUAUAUUGUUUUAAUUGUAUUCAAGAUUCCCUAAAGAAAUUAAAAAAUUCACCUCAGAAUACACAUCAGAACUAGUGAUUUCGCUACUAUCUUUUUGUGGAACAUAAUUGAGAAGCAGUUUUCAAAGAACCAAUUCUUCGGUACUAAUUACAUAUGUAAAACAUGAGUUCUGGAACUAGUUGUAGAACUAAUACAAUUAUUCCUGCUAAAAUGAAAAUAACUUCGGUGAGUUUAAGAAAAACUCACUGAUUGUUCAACUAGGAUUUCUUCUUAGUGGUGAGUUUCUCAAAAUAUUGUGGAAUUGGUAAUUAAAAUCAACACGAUAUGAUAAAUUUUAAAAUUGUUAUAAAUUUUUUCAAGUUUCAAGAUUAUUUCUUGCAAUGUUUUUUCUGCUAGUGGUGAAAUUUAUUAAUUCAACUGACCGUGGUGAGUUUCUUAAAAAAGUGUUCUGUUUGAAGUAAUAUUCAUAUAGAUACAAAUUAAAACCUUUUUUUUUGGCAUUUUAAAGGUUUUUUCUGCUAGUGGUGAAAUAUUUUAAUUCACCUUGCCGUGGUGAGUUUCUUGAAAAAUGCUCUAUUUAAAGAAAUAUGCAUAAAGACAUAAAUUAAAAACUUUUUCUUGCAUUUUAAUGAUUUUUUUGCGCUAAUGGUGAAAUUUUUUUAAUUCCCCUUGCCGUGGUGAGUUUCUUGAAAAAUGCUCUAUUUGAAGAAAUAUGCAUAAAGAUAUACCUUAAGAACUUUUUCUUUCAUUUUAAUGAUAUUUUCUGUCAGUGGUGAAAUUUUUUAAUUCACCUUAACGUGGUGAGUUUCUUAAAAAUUGCUCUGUUUGAAGAAAUAUUAUAAUAUAUUUAUAUUAAAACUAUUUUUUCACAUAUUCCAAACAUUUGCUUAGUGGUGAAUUUUUCUAAAGCCAAUUUAUUCCACAAAGUCUCUGCUUUCAUUAAAGAAAAGCCAAUUUUGAAUAACUAAAAAAGACUAAAUUAACAAAGUAUUUUAAAGAAAAUAAACGAAAUUUGUUUUCAGUCCAUUAUAUAGAAGACAAACACUAACAACACUGCUUUAGUUUAUAUUCAAAGCCCUUUAAAAAGCAUCUAUUACAAUUUUAUAAAUUAGUAUGUAUGUAUUAAUAUUGUGUUAAACUCUUUGAAAAAAACAACUUAAAAGAGUUUACUUUUAAUGUUAAGUAUAAACAAAAACCUUAUAUAUAUUUAAUAAAAAAAUAUUUAGAAUUAUUAUUUUUAGAUUUGGUAACUAGAUUUAAUUAAACAAAGAAAAAAUUAUAAAAUAAAUUAAGUAAUUUGUUAAGAAAAUAUGUAUGUAUUUAGUAGUUUAAAUAUUAUAACUUCUUUUUUGUUAGUUCUAGUAUAAAAGCCAAAGUACCUGAUAGUUUUAAGUCAUAAACUUUAAGUUAGCAAUUAAAUAAAUUAAAUAAAAUUUAGUUUUUUAGCAAUUCGAAUCGAACAAGUCCCAAAUGAAUAAAACUAAAACAUUAGUAUAUGAACAACUUCUCUUAAAUAUUGUAAAUUACUUAUGUAUACAUAUGUAACAAAAAAGUGUUUGAAUCUAAAAUUCUAUUUAUAUGCUUUAAUAUCUAAUCUAUAUAAAGCAUAUUAUGCAAAUUACCUUGAAUGUAGUGUCUUACAAGCAAAAACAGAAAAAACUUAAUUAUUAUUAAAAGUCAUAUUUGUGCUUCUGUGUACAAUGAAAAUAAAUCAGUGAAAAUAUUUAAAGAAAUUUAUUAAAAAAAAGCUUGCUAUUUAAUAGUAUUUAAACCUAAAUUGAUAAAGUAUUUACCAAAAAUAAAACGAAAAAAAACUUCACAAAAUGGAAAUUAUAUUUUUUAAAUUUAACCCAAAAAAUCUUAAAAACUACUUAAUUAUUUUUGAUUUUAAAAUUGUUUAAGCC